AUGAAGUUCACCACCGCCGCCGCCGUCGCCUCCAUGGCCGCCAUCUCCUCCGCCCUUCCUCAGGCUUCUACUCCCUUCCCUCGCCCCGAGGCCGGCGACGUCUUCCGUCUAAUGUCUCUGCGCACCGGCACUGAAAUCCAGUACGGCGACGUCCAGGCCAAGGAUGGCAACCUCGUCAUCAAUUCGCCCGACCAGAACAACAAGACCUGUGCCAUCAACGGCGACCGCGAAAACGUCACCAGCGGCAUCAACUACGCCUCCUUUACGCUCGACCAGGAUGAUGGCAGCGUCUACAUCUACACAUUCAACCCCCCUCUCCAGCUGUACGUCGACCGCAGCGGCAUGGGCCAGGGCAACGUCCGCUACUCCACCGGUGUCCAGCCCAUCGGCAAGAACCAGGAGCGUGGCCCCUUCAAGAUCAACGACGAAGGUGACCUAGUCUUCGCUGCUGGUGGUCUGACCGGCGACGUUGGCUUCCAGGCUUGCCCCGGCGCUGUUGGUGGAGGCUGGAAGAUUUGGCUCUCUGGUGUAGACAAGCCUGCUGGUUCUGAGGGAUGCACCCCGUUCACCAUGAAGGCGCUGAAGGAGACCGAGACCAAGAAGUGCCUCUACUCUUCUGCUCCUGCUUAG